UGAGUGGACAGCAUGUGGUAUUAAUAUCUGCAAACUUGCAUUGAAAAAACUCCCUCAAAAGUAAAUAUCAAGCACACCAUCAGUGCUUCAGGAAGCUGUGCUAUUGUGUGUGUUAGGUGCCAUGGAAACGUCGGCUGGUAACACAGCCUGUGCAACCUGCCUCCGGAGGCUACGGGGAAUCCGCUUCUGCUGGCAGUUAAUUUCUACCUUUGACAAAAUCUGGAGGGAAACUACUGAUUAAGAUGAUGCCUAGCAAUUAUGCUAUAAGUUAAUUACAGAGGAACAGCUAAAUGGCUGCAGUUAGCGUUGGCCAGACUGCGUGGCUUUCUGAGGGGAAGAAAGGUGAUGGUAUCUUCUGAGUAGCACAGCUGAAAUACUGACACUCUCCUGCAAUCUAAUAUGGGAGCAGGUGCCUCCCUUUCAAUCUGCAAAUCAUUAUCUUCUAUUCAAGUCAGGCACACAACAACUAAAGUCUCACCAGAUCUACAGUUCAGCAGAGAAGGAAGCACAUUUGGUGUUCCUCUGGAAACCCUCAUACAGGAUGCAACACAAUGUGGAGUUCCUUUUCUUGUGACACAGAUGGUGGAGUACCUAGAAGUAUUUGGUUUGGAGCAUGUUGGUAUAUUUCGAAUCAGUGGCUCAGUAAAUAAAAUCAAGGAAUUAAAGCAGAAAUACAAUCAAGGAGAACAAGUAGACCUUAUUAAUGAUGGAGACGUUGAUUCUGUGGCCAGUCUCCUGAAACUCUUUCUGAAAGAACUGCCAGUGGCUGUUUUUCCGGACAACAUCGGUUCUGGCUUGCUGAAAACUUUCCAAGAACUCAAAAUCCAGACAACAGAAUGCAUAGAGAGCCUGAGACAGUUACUCAGCUGCUUGCCCAAAGCUCAUCAAAACCUUCUUCAGUUCCUGUCUGCUUUCCUGUUAAAGGUAGCAACAUACAGUGCAGUGAACUUCAUGACUCUGGAAAACCUAGCCAUUGUGUUUGGACCUGCUCUGUUCAAGAUCCCUGUUGGUCCCUUGGCUUGUGAAGAGCAAAGGCUUUACAAUGGCCUCCUGCUGUAUUUGCUUCAACAUCAUGAAAUGCUUUUCGUUGAUCUGAACCCUUGUUUCUCACAGAGACAAGCAGAUGGCCUUCAGGAAGACAACACAGAAGAUGAGGAAAGAGACAGACUCAUGUUAUUAAGUUCUCCAAUGGCAAGUAAGAUACGACAGAAGAAUUUCACCAGAUUUCCAAAAGGUACUGGAGAAUGA